GGACGUGGUCGGGGCGUCUCCGCCAUUUUGUGAGUCUAUAACACGGAGCCGUUGAGUCGGUUCCUGCUAUUCCGGCGCCUCCACUCCGCUCCCUUCGGGUCUCCUCGUGUGCCAUGGACGGCAUUGUCCCAGAUAUAACAGUUGGUACAAAGCGGGGAUCUGACGAGCUUUUCUCUACUUGUGUUACUAACGGACCCUUUAUCAUGAGCAGCAACUCUGCUUCUGCAGCUAAUGGAAAUGACAGCAAGAAAUUCAAAGGUGAUAACAGAAGCACAGGAGUCCCUUCCCGAGUAAUCCAUGUGAGAAAACUCCCAGGUGACGUCACAGAAGCUGAGGUUAUUUCCCUGGGAUUACCAUUUGGCAAGGUCACCAAUCUUCUAAUGCUGAAAGGCAAAAACCAGGCUUUCCUUGAAAUGAAUACAGAAGAGGCAUCGAACACUAUGGUAAGUUACUAUACCACAGUGACUCCUGUCCUUCGAAGCCAGCCUAUCUACAUUCAGUUCUCAAACCACAAGGAGCUCAAAACAGACAACUCCCCAAACCAAGCACGUGCCCAGGCAGCACUUCAAGCUGUAAACUCUGUUCAGUCAGGAAAUUUGGCCCUCUCUGCCUCUGCUGCAGCAGCUGAUGCAGGAAUGGCAGUGGCUGGCCAGAGUCCAGUUUUGAGGAUCAUCGUAGAAAAUCUCUUCUAUCCAGUCACUUUGGAUGUACUUCACCAGAUUUUCUCCAAGUUUGGCACAGUACUGAAAAUAAUAACCUUCACCAAGAACAACCAGUUCCAGGCUCUGUUACAAUAUUCUGACCCCGUGAGUGCCCAGCAUGCUAAGUUGUCUCUUGAUGGGCAGAAUAUCUACAAUGCCUGUUGUACAUUGCGCAUUGACUUCUCUAAACUCACCAGCCUCAAUGUGAAAUACAACAAUGAUAAAAGCAGAGACUACACCCGCCCAGAUCUGCCCUCUGGUGACAGCCAGCCCUCUCUCGACCAGACUAUGGCAGCAGCCUUUGGUGCACCUGGUAUAAUCUCUGCCUCUCCAUACGCAGGAGCUGGUUUCCCUCCCACCUUUGCAAUUCCUCAAGCUGCAGGACUCUCUGUUCCAAAUGUUCAUGGAGCCCUUGCUCCGCUGGCGAUUCCAUCAGCAGCUGCUGCUGCGGCUGCAGCCGGGCGAAUUGCCAUUCCUGGCCUCACAGGGGCAGGGAAUUCUGUCUUGCUGGUUAGCAACUUGAACCCAGAGAGAGUUACACCCCAAUGCCUCUUUAUUCUUUUCGGCGUUUAUGGUGAUGUCCAGCGAGUGAAGAUCUUAUUCAAUAAGAAAGAGAAUGCCUUGGUUCAGAUGGCAGAUGGAAACCAAGCCCAGCUUGCUAUGAGCCAUCUAAAUGGGCAGAAACUUCACGGGAAGCCAAUCCGAAUCACUCUUUCCAAGCACCAGACAGUUCAGCUUCCCCGUGAAGGACAAGAGGACCAAGGCUUGACUAAAGACUAUGGAAACUCACCCCUCCACCGUUUCAAGAAACCAGGCUCCAAAAACUUUCAAAAUAUCUUCCCUCCAUCUGCUACCCUGCACCUUUCUAAUAUACCGCCUUCUAUAUCUGAAGAAGACCUUAAGAUGUUGUUCUCAAGUAAUGGGGGAAUGGUCAAAGGAUUCAAGUUCUUCCAAAAGGACCGGAAGAUGGCUCUGAUCCAGAUGGGCUCAGUGGAAGAGGCCAUUCAGUCCCUUAUUGACCUUCAUAACCAUGACCUUGGAGAAAACCACCACCUUCGUGUGUCCUUCUCAAAGUCUACCAUUUAAAAUUUGGGAAGGCACAAGACAGAAUGAACCUGACUGACGAGAACCCCAGGGUUUCAGCCUGGUCAGGCUGAGCACCUGGGAUCACUUCCAUCAUUCCAGAUUUAAAAAAGCCACUUUAAAAGCAGCUGAAGUGACCUUAAAAGACCAGAGAUUUUAUUUUUUUAAGUGAAUCAGUUUACCUGUUUUUAAAAAAAUUAAAUCUAAUUCACAUUGUUAACCUUGCGGUGGUGGGAUAACAAUCUUGGUGACUGUACAAAAGCUACAUGAUGAAAAAUCACAAGUUAAGUUUACGCUUUUUUGGAAAUUGCUCUGGGAAUUUUCUCCCCAUCCCCUUAAAAGAAUCCUAACAAAUUUAUCAGGUUUCACAUUGAUGCCUUUUAAUUUUCUUUACCCAGUCAAGCCUUUAAAGACCCCAAUCACUGUGUGAUCACUCUGUCGCCUGAGAGUCAGGAUCUUGCAAAGUAUUGGAUGGGUCCCCUAACCCAUCCAUUCCUGGGUUUUAGGAUCAUGCUCCUAAUCCUGGAUUCUGCUAUCCUGUGCCUUAAACUUUUUUUUUCUUUUGGGAGAGUGGGGAAGCAGGGAACUACCAUGAUAUAUCAGCAGAAAGAUAGGUUUUGAGCUUGGAGCAUUGAAGGGGAUGAGAAGCUCAUUCUGCUCAGAGCAGAUAAGUUGGCCAAGUGGAUAAAGAAAAUAUUGGGCAUUGUCUCAUAAUCUGCAUAGUAUCAUGUAUCUUUCCAGUGUGUCUCCAUCAGCAUUCUGUUUCCAGCAGAAGUCAGUGGGGUUGGUUAGAAACAUUCAAUUGACCAAGCAAAUAGGUCUGAGCAAGUCAAUUUCCCUUGUCAUACAUUUUUAUUCCAGUGUUGACAGCAGUUGAGCCCCUGCCUUCUAUGACUUGAUCAAGCUUAUUAUACUUUCUUCAUUGAUUGAACCAUUUUGAAGAUGAAUCAGCAUGAAUUUUCCCAAAUUUGUAGGUGCAUUUAAUGAUUCUUGGGAUUUCUUUUGUAGGGUAAAGCCCGUAAGUUAGUGAUAUGUUAAGCUGAGGCAUAUUUAUGCCUCCAGUUUGACCUUUAUUGAGACCAAGUAGUUCCUACCAUCGUCCCUGUUGCUUGUCUUCAGCAUUUGUUUGAAUCCUUGUAUUAUACUUUUGAUGCAGUUUGCUGUCAUCUGUGCCUAGCAAUAUUCCAGUUGACCAAAUAUUCUAAUCUUUUUUUUUUCAUUUAUAUGCAAAAGAUAGUUUAAGUAACUUUUAUAGAAGAGGAUUAAAAAUGGUAUAAGUGUAAUCUAAAUUUACUCUUGUGGUAUUACCCUUGUAUACUGAGCUUUUAUUUUAUUCUUUGGUAAUGAAGUGAAAUUGUAGGGCAGGAAUUUAGUUUUGAUUUAUCAAGCUGCGGUCAUGGCUGUGAGGUUGAUCAGUAAAGGGAAACUAAUUGGAUUGGAAGAUAGAUUGGGCUAAGUAGAUGUAAAUGUUCAAAGCAGCAAAUAAAAGUGGCUUCUGAAGAGUUGGAUUGAGUGAAUGGACCCAGGCUAAAGUUCUCUCUUUCUUCUCUCUCUUUUUUAAACCCACCCCCUCAGAUUCAGAACUUAGGGAAGAAACAUCUGUAAAUUCUGCAGCAGAUGAGUACAUCUAGUGGGCUGAGCCAACUUGUACUGUGUUCAGGUGGCCUUAGAGUAUGGUCUUCGCUUCUCCCAUACCAUUCUGCCUUCUAUUUUCACAAAAUCCAAUGUUGCCUUAUAUCUUUGUUUAACCUUUAACCUGUUUAUCUACAAAACAGAUCUCUUAAAUACAUUUUUCAGGGUUUUUUUCUGCAAAUUGUGGACCAAAGUUUUUUUUUGUUUGUUUUUUAAUUGCCUUUUAGUGCUGGUAGUCAUGAUAUCCGAAAAACUCUUGGCUGGCCUGGCACUGAAGAUCUGAAGUCUUAAACUUUUUUAGUUCUUCCCUGAACUCGUGUGGGUGUGAACUUGUGCUGGAGGGAAGGAUGUGAUAGCUGAGUGAGAGUUUGUCUUGGGUUGCUGGCAUAAAAUUUGGGUAGUGGUUUGUUUCCAUCUUGCUGGUAGGAAGGAGUGGGGUAUGAAAUUUGCCAUAAUAGCUGUGAUGUUUUAUUGUGAUAGCCUUGAAAAAUUGUAUUUUAAUCCCCUGUGCUGGUUUAGCUCAAAGAUUUGUCCCAGGAGCAACCAAGUCAUCUUUAGGAACUGAUUUUUGCAGGAAUCUACAUUUCAGUUUUGUAUGUUUUUGUUAUUCCUUGCCCCAUCUCCCACCUCUUUAGCCCUCACCCCCUCAUAACUACUUGGGAUAAAGUCUCCUGCCUUCCUAGGAGGGAAAACUUGAUUGGACUGUUUUUCCCAACCCUCCUCGCCCUACUCCCAAGGAAUUUCAUGUGAACCCAAGUGCACAACUCGGGCAAGCUCUCAGACCUCAUUUGGCUUUACUUUAGGCUGUUUGUUGGAAUUCAAGUGAGGAGGUUGGCCUUCAUUGUUUUUUGGUUUUGUGUUGAAAUAACUCACCCAGCAAUGAGGCAGGUUUUUUUUUGUUUGUUUUGUUUUGUUUGCCAGAUAGCAAGUGAAUCUGUUGCAAGCCCAGCACCCAGGCGACUGCGGGUCUGUCUUUUGGAUCCCUGUGUUUGCAUGUAAAGAAUGUGAGUAACAAAGGGUGUACAUAUUUAUAAUUUUUUAUACCUGUUGUAAGACAUGAGGGGGCAGCAAAACCCAGUUUUUUUUAUGGUGAACAGAUGUAUUGUAUAUUUUGAUAACAGCUAUUCCAGGUUCAGUAUUGUGAAAGUGGGGGGGGUGACCACAAACAAAUUCCAUUGCCUGUUUCAGAGAAUGUUUGUAAUGCGAAAAGAAUUGAAUUAAAACUAUUUUAUAACAAACUUUGUACCUUCCUGUAGCUCUAUUAUUUACUGUUGGGAUUGUAGAAAGCAGUUAUUGGCCAGUCUGUACUUUGUGGUUCAAUAAAUUUCUUCCAUAUUCUUUG